CGGCCAUCUGUGCAGGUCUUGUUGCUGUUGAAAGUCUUUGGUUGCAUUUCAUCGGGACUUUAUUAGCUGAUUUCACCUGAGAUCUCCUGUCUUUCUCUCCCUGGGCUGGUACCGGUGAGGAGCUGCGGACAUGAAGGUUCAAGUGGCGAUUCUUGCAGUUUUUGCUUCGAUAGCUGUCACUAUUGAUGCGACUGUCUACUUCAAGGAACAGUUUCUGGAUGGAGAUGAAUGGAAGAGCCGCUGGGUUGAGUCCAAGCACAAGUCAGACUAUGGCCAGUGGAAACUGACUGCUGGAAAGUUUUAUGGGGAUGCUGAAGCAGACAAAGGUCUCCAGACCAGCCAGGAUGCCCGCUUUUACGCCCUCUCAGCCCGCUUUGAGCCCUUUAGUAAUGAGGAGAAGCCCCUGGUCAUCCAGUUCACCAUUAAGCACGAGCAGAAGAUUGACUGUGGAGGUGGCUACGUCAAGAUCUUCCCCUCUGAUCUUGACCAGAGUAACAUGAAUGGGGACUCCCAGUAUUACAUCAUGUUUGGGCCUGACAUAUGUGGAUACAGCACAAAGAAGGUUCAUGUGAUCUUCAAUUACAAGGGCAAGAACCACCUCAUCAAGAAAGACAUCAAAUGCAAGGAUGAUGAGCUGACCCACCUGUACACACUGAUCCUGAAUCCAGACCAGACAUAUGAGGUGAAGAUCGACAAUGAGAAGGUAGAGUCCGGCUCCCUGGAGGACGACUGGGACAUGCUGCCCUCCAAGAAGAUCAAGGACCCCGAGGCCACGAAACCCAGCGACUGGGAUGACAGGGCCAAGGUCGAUGACCCCAACGACACCAAGCCCGAGGACUGGGACCAGUCAGAGACUGUUCCUGACCAUGAUGCCAAGAAGCCUGACGACUGGGAUGAGGACAUGGACGGGGAGUGGGAACCUCCCAUGAUCACCAACCCAGAUUAUAAAGGCGAGUGGAAACCCAAGCAGAUUGACAACCCUGACUACAAAGGAGCCUGGGUCCACCCUGAGAUCGACAACCCAGAGUACACUCAUGAUGUCACUAUGUACAAGUUUGAUACCAUUGGAGUAUUGGGCCUGGAUUUGUGGCAGGUUAAAUCUGGCACCAUCUUCGACAACUUCCUAAUCACUGAUGAUGUCAAAGAAGCGGUGGAGUUUGGAAAGGAAACCUGGGGAGCUACUACGGGACCAGAGAAGAAGAUGAAGGAUGAGCAGGAGGACAUAGAGAGGAAGCUGAGAGAGGAGGAGGAGAACAGCAAGAAGAAGGACACUGAAGAAGAAGAGGAGGAGGAGGAAGAAGGAGAGGAGGAUGAGGAUGAUGAAGAAGAAGAAGAGGACGAGGAGGAUGGCGAGCAUGACAUGGAGAAGGAUGCUGGGACAGAAGAGGAGGAUGUGAAAGAGAAGGACGAGUUGUAGAGGAGAGGAGCCGGUUGUUGGACUGCUGUGUGCUUCUCUCUGCAGGUUGGAACUUCACACUGACUACAGAAAAUCAGUGAUGGCCCUGUGGACCCUUUUAUUCAGGUGUAUGGGCGAGGGAGCGCUAGAUGGUGUCAGGGCUGAUUUAUUUUUUUAUUGGUUCCCCUGUUGAUUUUUUUUUUUUGGCCUUCAAAUUAGAGAAAGGGGGAAUGGUUUACGUGUUUUUUUUCUGUUUCUGAGUUCUGCUUUGGUUGAGGAAGCUCUAAUCUAAUGUGAUUUACUGAAUUCAUUAAUUAUGUUAUAUCCUUUGUCAGGGAGUUAUUUCUCCUGUGUGAUGCGUUACUGUUUUUUUUUGUUUUUUUGUAAUUGGCCACCUCAUAAUUUAUUCAAUCAUCACAUUGAGCUCUGAUUAUGGGCAUACAUCCUGUGUGUGUGUGUGUGUGUCUGUGUGUGUGUGUGUGUGUGUGUGGGUGUGUGUGUGUGUGUGUGUGUGUAAAAAAACUGUGAUUUUUACAAUUGCCAUUGUUAUGAAUGAGGGACUGUCCUCUGCGUGCACACUGUAAAGUGUCAGUGAAUAAAUUGAAGCCUCUCUCUACAAGCUGACAUCUGUUUUCACUGUUA